AUGUAUCGUUUCUAUUUUAAUUGCCAUCGUUGGAAACCAACUCGUGAUCAAUGGUUAUAUGCAAAUCGUUGCCUACCAAUUAAUGAAUUAAAACGCAUUGAUGAAUAUACAUAUCAACGUGAUGUCAAAUUUACACUUAUUGGACAAUUACUAAUUCGUUAUCUUUUAAGUCAAGUAUUUCAUAAGAAAAGUUCGUCAUUUAUUAUAGAACGUACAAAAUAUAAUCGUCCAUUUAUUAAAAUAAAUCCAUCAUUUGAUUUUAAUCUUGCACAUUAUAAUCAAUUAGUAUGUAUUGCUGGUACAUUUAAUGGACAAAUUGGUUGUGAUACAAUGAUAUAUAAAAAAGAAAAUAUACAAAAAUUAAAUUUGAAUUUAAUUCAAAAAAAAUUUACAUUAAAUGAAUAUAAUUUUAUUAAAAAAAAUUCAUCAAAUUUUUAUCGUUUAUGGUCUUUAAAAGAAAGUUAUAUUAAAUGGUUAGGUAUUGGUUUGGGUUAUAAUUUAUUAAAAUUAAAUUUUCAUAUUAAUACAAAUGAAUUUAAUAAAAAUUCAAUUAUAUCUGAUACAAUAUUAGAAAUUGAUAAUAAAUUAAUAAUAAAUAAUCUUCGUUUUGAUGAACAAAUUAUAUUUUUAUCCGAUAAUGAACAACAAAUAAUAACUUUAUGUUUAUUAAUGAAUAAUCAUUGUCAAUCAUUUGUUGAAUUAAAUAUUGAUGAUAUACUGCAUGGUUGUACAUCAUUUGAUAAUAAUAAAGAAGAUGAUUUGAUAUCCUGGGAGAGAUUUCAAAUGAAAAGACAAACAGAUAUAAUUUGA